CGGCCUGAUAAUGGCUGCUCAACCUUACAGAAAGGCUAACUCGGAUAGGGACUGAACUCAACAAAGUAUACAAGGGCUUUUCUUUUACAGUGUGGCGGGCAAUCCUCAAGUCUAAUAUCCUGACUCCAACACCCCUCCACCUACUCACUUAUUUGGUAAGGGCCUCCACCUUAGAAUAUUAGACAAUAAUCUGCCUAGAUAAAGCCUAGACUAAUUCCAUUCAAACUUCAACCAAUAAUUUGCACAAUCACUUAAAAAUCUCUCAUUGAUUUUGAACAACAUACAUUUGUAUGACUCUUUUGAUGACACAGGGUUGUAAAAUAAUAAGGUAAACAGGUAGAAUAGUCCCAAUUAUUAUCACAAAUUUACACAAGCAGUAUGAUAAGCUGAUAAAUCAAGAUAUGUCCAGCUCCCUUAUCUACACCUUGUUAGGCUACCAAUGCACAAUUUUUGGUCUAUUCAAAUUUUAUGAGAACCACAGCUUUUAAUAAUAAGAAAAUGGGGUCGUACCUCUCUUACAAUACAAAUAGUAUUUCAAUGGUGAUCGAGAACUCUAAUCCACUACUUAGAUCUAUCAGUAAGGUAACCUUAAAGAUUACUCCUAGACUAGACCUAAAACCUAACAGUAAAAAUAAAGUAGAAUAUUAAUAAUGAGUAAUAAUAACAAUAAUAAUAAUAAACUCAAACUAUAAAGCUGCAGCAAUGCAUCAAUGACCAAGGCAUGAAUGAGCAUAAGGGACAGAAAGAUCUAAUCUCCUUAUAUACCUUACAGCUUCACUUACAUUUGUACAUUCUAGUCAUUUAGCAGACGCUCUUAUCCAGAGCGACUUACAGUUAAUACAUUAAUCUCAAGAUACUGUAGCUAGGUGGGACAACCACAUAUCAUAGGCAAAGUACAAUUUUCCUCAAAGUAGCUAUGAGAAAAGGGUUGGUUCAGGUUAGGUCAGCUUUACCACAGUUGAAUACGUUUCAUCCAUUCCUUCCAUAAUAUGCAUAUUCUUACCCAACCUUAAAAGAAGCAAUAUUAUACAUUCUUACAGCAUCUAUCUCUGCACCCCAUCUAACCUCCGUCUAUACACAUGCUAUAGGCCUUUUACUCCUUAAUCAACUUUUUUUUACCUACUUGGCACUAGCUAUCACCUGACUACAAUCGGGUACCAUUGACCCAAGGCUGGGCACAUACUCUAACUCUGUGUCCGUGGGUCCGUGAGUCCGUGGGUCCGUGGGUGUGCACAAGCCCAGACUUCUGCCUGAUGCAUGCAAGCAUAACCAGAGUGGUGCCUCUUUCAGUCUCUAUGCCCACAAAUGGACUUCCCUUUCUUAGAGCUCUGGUUAGGGGUCACCCCAGACCAGACCAAUUUAUUUUAUUAAUUUGUUUUUAUUUAACCUUUAUUUAACUAGGCAAGUCAGUUAAGAACAAAUUCUUAUUUACAAUGACGGCCUACCCCGGCCAAACACGGAUGAUGCUGUGUCAAUGACUUAUCCUAAUCCUUCAUUUAUAUAUGCAAUUAUAAUUAAACAGCAAUUUUCCAUAUUAACUCUAAUUCAAUCAAGUCUCCGUCCCAAUUCACUUCUUCUCAUGUGUCUCUGGAUUCAAUGUUUAUUGUCAAUGUUCACUGUUCACUGUUCUCUGUGCUUCGUGUGUGUAUGCAGGUCACUGCCUGCACAUCUGUAACCACAAAGCGCUUCAUGUCACAUAAAUGUCACAGGUCACAUAAAUGUCACAGGAAAUAUAGGCCCAAGCUGAUUCUUCUUGACUGUGUGUGUUUGUGUACGUGCAGGAUUGUGUGUUUACAUCUGCUUCGAGCGUGUGUGCGUUCGUGCGGUUCAGCAGUUUUGAUGAGGCAGCUAUACAUACCCCAGGCCCCGAGUCCCGCCCCCAGACCCAGCCUAGCCAACCGGGCUGCUUGAAGAGCCCUUCCCCACAAUACCCAGCCGCAGAGGACACUAGUGGACACGUCCAUGAAAGGCAGUAUGCUUGUCAAUCAAUCAAUCAAUCAAGUUUAUUUUAUAUAGCCCUUCGUACAUCAGCUAAUAUCUCGAAGUGCUGUACAGAAACCCAGCCUAAAACCCCAAAAAGCAAGCAAUGCAGGUGUAGAAGCACGGUGGCUAGGAAAAACUCCCUAGAAAGGCCAAACCUAGGAAGAAACCUAGAGAGGAACCAGGCUAUGAGGGGUGGCCAGUCCUCCUCUGGCUGUGCCGGGUGGAGAUUAUAACAUAACUAUGCCAAGAUGUUCAAGAUGUUCAUAAGUGACAAGCAUGGUCAAAUAAUAAUCAUUAAUAAUUUUCAGUUGGCUUUUGUGACGAAGAGUCCUCCUAGGCUCUUUGUUUCUUCCUCUCUUCUCUCUCUCUUCUUGCCUCUCUCUACUUCCUCUCUUCUUCUCUCUCUCCUUCCUAUCUUCUUCCCUCUCUCUCCUUCCUUUCUUCUUCUCUCUCCUGUUCCAUCUGUGAUGCAUCACCCUCCCCAAACCUUCACCAGGUCGUCAUGGAAACACUCUGGCCGUGCUGAGAAUAUCUAUUAACGCACUCAUCGUAGCAGGACUACCCCACUAUUUAUUUUUUCUCUUUCCUUCUCUCAUCUCUCUCUCUAUGGUUUUCUCACUCUCUUCCUCUCUCUCUCGUCCUCUUUCUGGUCCUCUCUCGCUCUGCCCUUCUCUCUCUCUCUCCCUCUCUCUCUCUUUCUUUUUCACUCUCUACAUUCAAUUCCCCCUUCUCCCUAUCCAUUAUACUUAGUAUCAGCAACCCUCCUCUCAUUGACACCUCAACCGUCCUCUCAUCGCAUCUCCCAUUUAAACAUCUCUUCAGAUUCCUUUUUCCUCUUUUUUUGUCCUGCAGCAUCCCUCCAUGUUGUCCCCCAGCCUUGGAGUGGCUCUCAGUAACAGGUCACAAAGGAACACAACACAAACACUCUACUCUGAAAUAGAAAUUGCAUCCUUAAUGGCAGCAUAUUCCCUAUAUGGUGAACUUCUUUUCACCAGAGCCCUAUGGGCCCUGGUCAAACGCAGUGGACUUGAUAUGAAAUAGGGUGCCAUUUAAGACCCAUCCAGAGAGUGCUGCUCUCUGAACAAGCGCAGACCCAGUGUAAGCAGCCAUCCUCCCCUUCUUCCCCCAGUGUCCCUCUCUUAUUCUCCUGCUUGAUAUUCAGGUAUGGUAGUGUGGUGCUGGAGGUGCAUUCUGGUAGAGUGCAGUACGGAAAUGGGCUACAUCAGCUCUGCAUCAUUAGACAUCCAUCAGUCAGACUGGACUGUCAGCCUGAGGAGACCGAACACGCCUGCACACUGGAGGUGAGCUAGUCCUACCCCUCCCUGGCAUCUUCUCCUCGUCUCUCUUCGUCCGCCUCAUCCCUCUCUUCCCCCGGCAUUCUCCACCAUGGCACUCCUCCCCACCUCUCUUUCUGCCUCCGUCCCCUUCCUCCUCUUCCUCCUCCUCCCCCUUCCUUCACCCUGCGCCCUGGAGUCUCUACGAGGAGGAGGAGUAGGAGAGGAAGAGAACCGCUCCAUCUCCACCAUGUCCUAUCCCUCCAUGUCUCCGGAGUUCUGGAGCAACAGCAGCACGGGGCUGGGCGGCAGUUCAAAGUGUUCGCAGCCGGUAGUGUGCAGGCCGGGCACCCUGCUGCCCGUGUGGAAGCCCCUGAGCCCCGGGCUGGGCGACCAGGUGGCCAGGGCCGUGGUCUACUUCACCUGCCUCAUGUACAUGUUCCUGGGAGUGUCCAUCAUCGCAGACCGUUUCAUGGCCUCUAUCGAGGUCAUAACCUCACAGGAGAAGGAGGUGACCAUCACCAUGCCAAGCGGUGAGACAUCUGUGGCCACUGUACGUAUCUGGAACGAGACUGUGUCCAACUUGACUCUGAUGGCUCUAGGCUCCUCCGCCCCAGAGAUCCUGCUGUCUGUCAUCGAGGUGUGUGGGCAUGGGUUUGAGGCGGGUGAGCUGGGCCCUGGCACCAUCGUGGGCAGCGCCGCCUUCAACAUGUUUGUGAUCAUCGCCAUCUGUGUGUGGGUCAUCCCUGAAGGAGAGACCAGGAAGAUCAAACACCUGCGUGUGUUCUUCAUCACAGCCUUCUGGAGUAUCUUCGCCUAUAUCUGGCUCUUCCUCAUCCUCUCUGUCAUCUCACCCGGAGUAGUGGAGGUGUGGGAGGCUCUGGUCACCCUGCUCUACUUCCCAGUGUGUGUGAUCCUGGCCUGGAUCGCCGACCGACGCCUGCUCUUCUACAAGUACAUGGCCAAGCGUUACCGUGCCGACAAGCACGGCAUCGUCGUGGAGACGGAGGGGGACACAACCCCGAAAGGCUUCGAGAUGAUUAUGGACGGAAAGUUCCCUCCGAGCGGAGGGGGGGUGGGAAUGAUGCCCAGUGAGAACUACCAGGAUGGUGCCAACAAUGCGGCGGGCACCGUGGCCUAUCUGCCCAACUCCAACAGCACCAUGGUGACCGUAGAGAAUACCAAGGAGCUAGACGAGAGCCGCAAGGAGGUGAUCCGCAUUCUGAAGCAGCUGAAACAGAAGUUUCCGGACAAGGAGCUGGAUCAGCUGGUAGAUCUAGCUAACUACUACGCCCUCCUCCAUCAGCAGAAGAGCCGCGCCUUCUACCGCAUCCAGGCUACGCGCAUGAUGACCGGCGCCGGCAACGUGCUCAAGAGGCACGCCGCCGACCACACCCGCCGCGCCGCCGCGGUGGACGAGGAAGUGGUCUGCGAGGACGACGACCUGGCUGAGUGCAGCCGACUGGCGUUUGAGAGCACCCACAGCCAGUGUAUGGAGAACUGCGGCGUACUGAGGCUGGCUGUGGUGUGUCAAGGGGGCCUGGGGGAGAGCACCUUCUACGUGGACUACCGGACCGAGGACGGCUCGGCCAAUGCCGGGUCCGACUAUGAGUACAGCGAGGGAACGCUGGUGUUCAAACCCGGAGAGACCCGCAAGGAGAUCAAGGUCGGCAUCAUCGAUGAUGACAUCUUCGAGGAGGACGAGCACUUUUUCGUGCGGCUGCUCAACCUGCGCAUUGGUGACGCCGAGGGGAUGUUCGAAAGUGAUGAGCCAGGAGCGGGACCCAAGGGCCACCUGGUGGAGCCACUGGUCGCCACGGUGACCAUCCUGGACGACGACCAUGCUGGCAUCUUCACAUUCCGUGAUCGGCUGGUGCGCGUCAGCGAGAGCGUUGGCACCAUGGAGAUCUCAGUGGUGAGGAACUCGGGCGCCCGCGGCACGGUGAUCCUGCCCUAUCACACGGAGGCGGGCACUGCGAAGGGGGGCGGCGUGGACUACGAGGACACCCGGGGAGAGCUGGAGUUCUCCAACGACCAGACAACUCAGACCCUGCAGGUGAGGAUCAUUGACGAUGAGGAGUAUGAGAAAAAGGAGAACUUCUUCAUCAUACUAGAGGAACCGCGCUGGCUGAAGAGGGGAAUCUCAGCCCUUCUGCUUAACCAAGAGGAUCCUGAUGGCCAGAUGAGUGCAGAGGAGGAGGAGGCGAGGCGCAUUGCAGAGAUGGGAAAGCCCAUCUUGGGGGAGCACAGCCGGCUGGAAGUGGUCAUUGAGGAGUCUUACGAGUUCAAGAGCACCGUUGACAAGCUCAUUAAGAAGACCAACUUGGCCCUUGUGAUUGGCACGCACUCCUGGAGGGAGCAGUUCGUGGAAGCUGUGACUGUCAGCGCAGGUGAUGGUGAUGACGAUGAUGAAGAGGGGCGUGAGGAGCGUCUGCCAUCCUGCUACGACUACGUCAUGCACUUCCUGACGGUGUUCUGGAAGGUUCUGUUCGCCUUCGUUCCGCCCACCGAGUACUGGAAUGGCUGGGCCUGCUUCUUCGUGUCCAUCUCGGUUAUCGGCAUCCUGACUGCUGUCAUCGGGGACCUAGCCUCCCACUUCGGCUGCACCGUCGGUCUCAGGGACACUGUCACUGCCGUGGUGUUUGUGGCUCUGGGUACUUCCAUUCCCGACACGUUUGCCAGCAAGGUGGCGGCUACGCAGGACCAGCACGCUGACGCGUCGGUGGGCAAUGUUACGGGCAGCAACGCGGUCAACGUAUUCCUUGGCAUCGGUGUGGCGUGGUCGGUGGCGGCCGUCUACUGGAAGGUGCAGGGCAAGGAAUUCCGCGUGGACCCGGGCUCCCUUGCCUUCUCCGUCACCCUGUUCACCAGCUUCGCCUUCAUCUGCAUGGGCGUGCUACUGUUCCGUCGGCGGCCCUCUAUCGGGGGGGAGCUGGGCGGGCCGCGGACAGCACGCAUCCUCACCAGCCUCUUCUUCCUGGGCCUCUGGUUCCUCUACGUCCUCUUCUCCAGCCUGGAGGCCUACUGCCACAUAGAGGGCUUUUAGAGGACACAUGAGAGCAGAGACAGGGCUACUAGUCAAAACACUGAUAUACAUUAUAGUUAUUAUAAUACACACAUCUACAACAGGACAAGGCCCAGGCCAAAUGUUGGGACCUGGUCAUUGUCACUUGAUCACUAAUACCUAAGGGAUCUAUAGACAUACCAGAUAUACACACACAAUUACAUACAAAACACAUACACACACAUACUGAAACAACUGUACAUAUAACUCCAAGCAUGCGCAAACAAAUGCAAAUGUGGUCUCUCACCAAGACAAACACACACACAUACAGUACUGUAACAAGGGCACCACACAGGUUGUGUGUGGCCUGGAUGACACCCAGUUAACAUCAACCUCCUAUUGCAGGCUCAAAUGUUAUACACACUCACUGGACAAAUGAGGAAGAGAAGGAGAGAAAAGUAAGUAUUGGUCAAGCAAGUGAUGAAGGAAGUAAGACAGGAGAGAUUUCAAAGAAGGAAGCAUGUUCAGAAUGUAAACCAGCAUGAGGGAGAGAGAAAGAGAGAAAUUGACAGACAGGUGUGUAGAAACUAAGUGUUGCAGUGGCAUGCUAUUCAUUACAGCUGGCUGCAUAACAUGGUUUUGGGUCCAGCUAGACUGCUUUAACUGAAGCAGGGUAGAGUGACAUGGGUUUUGCAGGGAUAGCCAUAGCUCUAUCACCGGUGCAGCAGAGGUAAACCAGACUCAGUCCACUCGACUCAAAGUACAGUGGUGCAAAAAAAGACUAAAUUGUCAGACUUGAGUAAAAGUAAAAAGUAAAAGUAAAUGCUAUACAUCAAAUUCCGUAUAUUAAACAAACCAGACCGCACAAAUGUGUUUUUUAUGGACAGCCAGGGGCACACUCCAAAACAUACACAGAAUUUACAAACGCAGUAUUUGUGUUUAGUGAAUCCGCCAGAUCAGAGGCAGUAGGGAUGACAAUGCGUUAUAUUGAUAGGUGCGUGAAUAGGACUAUAUUGCUGUCCUGUCUGAGCAUUCUAAAUGUAACGAGUACUUUUGGGUGUCAGGGAAAAGCUAUGGAAGUAAAAAAUAACAUUUUCUUUAGUAAUGUUGUUGAGUACAAGUCAAAGUUGUCAUUACAAUAAAUAGUAAGGUAGAGAACAGAUAACUCGUGUUUGGGGUAAGUUUUAAGUCAAAGUAUUUUUACUUACAGUUACUUUACACCACUGCAUAGUAGUGGAAUGGGUCCAUCUUCAGUCGCUAUGACGGAGCACCAUGAAAAUGGUUGAUCAAUGAGUAAAAUGUUUACAUUUAGGGAGAUACUGAGUAAAACAGCAACAACAAAACUGAAAGCCACAAGUUGCAGUUAUAAUUUUCUAUAGAGAGGUGGGAAUUCCGCAUGACAUUGAAACAAGGUCUCAAUGCUGUGUUGGUGUAAAUACAUGCUUAUAUACUAUAGGAGAGUAGAUGUAUUUAUUAGAGGGACUUCUCUACAGAUAUGGUAGAAUGGGGUGGCCAAUGGGAACAUAUAUAAUGCAUGGGGUUCAGAAACUAGUCACCACUCUCCGACUUGACAGGAAAAUGACUUUUGGAGAAAGCUUGUGUAAGUUAUGGCUCCUAUACGAGACAUCAUUCUUUCUCAUAACUACAAUCCCAUCCAUUGAAGUUAAACAGAGCGAUCCAGAGGGAUUAAAUAUAAAUUUGCCUCAUCUGUGGACUUCUGAAUGAAGGGAAGACAGAGUUUCUGGAGGCAUCACUCUGAAUAAAGAAAGUCUCACAUCCACCUCUUGAGGCUCUUACUGUUCACAUCUCACUGGACUUCAGAUAUUACAGUGGAGAUCAUAGAUCUACAUUCCACUCCAGCAGACAGUAGAGUCCUCCAUCACCAUCAUGUUUGAGACAUUGUACAUUUUUAUGACCUUUCGCAACCGCCAUGAGUGAAACGAUGAUUUAGCAAUGCAGGCACAUUGAUGGUGUAAAUAUUAUUUGAUGUUACUGUCCAAGGGUGAGUUACUAUCCACUGAAGCACAGCACAAAACACAUUCAUCUCCUAGAAAUAUGAUACGACAAGAGAGUGUAUCGCUAUCUAACGUAUACUUUUCAAAAACAAUCCUUUACCUGAAUACAGGUAUAAAGUCAACUUUACAUAUUCAAAUAUACUGUAUCCCUUUGGCUCCACGCUUGCUCAGUGGACAGUAACUAUUCAUUGUACUUUGGUGGAUGUAAAGGUAAAACCAGAGAGGGGUGGCGAGGUUGAGGGUAGCGUUUGUUUGGUCCAAAAUAUAUCAUGUGUGAGGAUAUUGGCCACCUGUGUAAGACUUCAGGACCAAAAGAGUUCUGUACGGAGAUGUCUAUAUUGUUGUUCAUUCAAUCGAAAUCUAUCAAUAUUUGUGAAGGGGGGAAAAUGUUGCUCGUUUGUGAUACUUGUGAUGCUAUAACGGAGCAACUUUUAGGUGUGGAGGGCUGUAAGUCUUUGCUGUGGAAUAGUGGGUAGAGAUGCAUGACAGAAUAAUAGUGACAGCACGGCACCGGCAUGGACAAAAAUAAUGAUAAAGAUGCAUGGUGGUGGGGUGGUGACAUGAGAAUACAGUGUUUGUGUAUUUCAUGGGAGAAUGGUUCACAUAGAGCAGGACGUCCAGACUGCAGCCAGACCUGUGAAGAGCAUGCAGACUGCUUCUGCUCCUCACCUGUUAACAGUAAAGGCUGCUCUGGAAACAUCCCAACACAACCCCAGCUAAUUGGCCCAAAAUACAGCAACACUGGGCCACCAUCAGUACCUAAGACCAUGGCAUAUAAGUUAUCUUAUUUUGGAGUGAGGCUUACUGUACUCCAACUUGUCCAACAGUGUUAGUUCCAAAUGCUCCUAUUCUUCUGGUUAUUCUGGUUUCUUACCUUUUUAAAUCGAAACCUCUCCGUUUGCGUAACAGUGAAACUGGGAGAGAUUACAUUUCAACCCAUGGGUUCUCAUCAUGUUCUCAUCAGGUACAGACUGUUAUGCGGUAACUACAGAUCGCCGCUACAGUAAUUCUGUGUCAUACCCAUUUAAUGCCUUAAAGUCUAGUAUUUAAUAUUUUGUUUAAUUUGACUUGUCUUGCACUUUGUUGAGUAUGUAUGUGUAUGCUUGGAGCGGAAACCCGAAACCAAAUUGAUUUGUGUGCAAUAUGUGGAACCAGUGGCAGCUCAGAGCAAUCUCUACUACUUAGCUAAGAAAAGUGGCAGAGGUAAUAUACACUAUAUAUACAAAAGUAUGUGGACAACCCUUCAAAUUAGUGGAUUCUGCUAUUUCAGCCACACCCGUUGCUGACAGGUGUAUAAAAUCGAGCACACCGCCAUGCAAUCUCCAUAGACAAACAUUGUCAGUCAAAUGGUCUUACUGAAGAGCUCAGUGACUUUCAACGUGGCACCGUCAUAAGAUGCCACCAUUCCAACAAGUCAGUUCUAAAAAUGUUUGGCCUGCUAGAGCUGCCCCGGUCAACUGUAAGUGGUGUUAUUGUGAAGUGGAAACAUCAAGGAGCAACAAUGGCCACACAAGCUCACAGAACAGGAGCACCGAGUUCUGAAGCUCAUAAAAAAUCUUCUGUCCUCGGUUGCAAAGCUCACUACUGAGUUCCAAACUGCCUCUGGAAGAAAUGUCAGCGCAAGAACUGUUUGUCGGGAGCUUCAUGAAAUGGGUCGGGAGCAGCCGCACACAAGCCUAAUUUUCACCAUGGGCAAUGCCAAGCGUCGGCUGGAGUGGUGUAAAGCUCGCCGCCAUUGGAGCAGUGGAAACACGUUCUCCGGAGUGAUGAAUCACGCUUCACCAUCUGGUUUGGCGGAUGCCAUGAGAAAGCUACCUGCUCGAAUGCAUAGUGCCAACUGUAAAGUUUGGUGUAAAAGGAAUAAUGGUUUAGGGAUGUUUUUCAUGGUUUCGGGCUAGGCCUCUUAUUUCCAGUGAAGGGAAAUCUUAGUACUACAGCAUAGAAUGACAUUCUAGACGAUUCUGUGGUUCAAAUUUUGUGGCAACAGUUUGGGGAAGGCCCUUUCCUGUUUCAGCAUGACAAUGCCCCCGUGCACAAAGCAAGAUCCAUACAGAAAUUCUUUGUCGAGAUCAGUGUGGAAGAACUUGACUAGCCUGCGCAGAGCCCUGACCUCAAACCCAUCGGCCACCUUUGGGAUGAAUUGGAACGCCAACUGCGAGCCAGGCCUAAUCGCCCAACAUCCGUGCCCGACCACACUAAUGCUCUUGUGGCUAAAUGGAAUCAGGUCUCCGCCGCAAUGUUCCAACAUCUAGUGGAAAGCCUUCCCAGAAGAGUUGAGGCUGUUAUAGCAGCAAAGGGGGGACCAACUCCAUAUUAAUACCCAUGAUUUUGGAAUGAGACCUUGGAUGAGCAGGUGUCCACAUAAUUUUGGUCAUGUAGUCUAUGAUUACAUAUAAACUGAAAUAACACCUUCUUGAAAGAUCCACUUAGGUAUACUGUGUUUUCUCUGGAUUUGACUCUACUUUAUAAUAUUUUGUUAAUCCUGCCCCAUUCUCAAUGAGAUGAAAGUGCAAUAAGUAAGAUAGUGGGAGAUGGGGAGGGGCAGUGAACUGUUAGAAGAUUGUCCGUGGUCCUUACACGUGGCUCAAUCGCCCGACUUACUGAGUCGCUAAGAAAACAUGUAUAAUAACAGAAGACAACAAGGCUGACACAAAAUGGAGGUGUGUUUAUCUCAGUAUUGCCAGGUGUUCUGAGGUGGAUAUGGAGAGAGAAUAGAACACAGCAGUGAGGCUCUGUCAAUAUGCUGCACAAUACUAGAGACAGAUGUUAUAUCGUAUGAGAGUUUUCCCCACUUAUUUUAGAGUUCAGGAUAGUUGAACUCUAGUUGAACUGUAGCAUUGUCAGUGAGUACAACCAGUGAGAAUGAUUAACAUUUAAAUAUUACAAAUGCAAAAAGUGGAUUAAUGAGUAAUGACAUUUUGGAAAUAAAGUGAGUAAACAAACUGACCCCUUCAACUACAGAUGUACUGAUUCAAAUAGCAACUUAAUGAAAUUGGAUUGCACACUUAAGAAUAGUUAUGUAUAAAUAUGGUAAUUGUUGCUUGUAUAACAUACAUAAUAUCAACAAAGAUUUCAGUUACCUUGGACCUCCUCAGUGUUUCCCCACUGACAGUGUUAGUCAACUUUUGAAAAGCAACUUUUUAUCUCUUCUUCAACAACAAAAAAUCCAGAAGUUACAUUUUUCUAUUUUCAAAUGAUAUUGGUAAUGGUGGAAGCACCAUAGAUGCAGCCCCGAUGGUUUAGGCAGGUAAUAAAGAGACAUUUAGAUAUUUCUCUAAUUGUCCAAUUUGAAGCCAAAUUUCCCCUUGAACUGUUACAUUUACAUUUAAGUCAUUUAGCAGACUUACAAAUUGGAAAGUUCAUACAUAUUCAUCCUGGUCCCCCCGUGGGAAUUGAACCCUGGUCCCCCCGCGGAAAUUGAACCCACAACCCUCGCGUUGCAAGCGCCAUGCUCUACCAACUGAGCCACACGGGACCAACUGUUAACUUGAUGUACCACUAGCUGAUGUAUCCUUUCUCUCUUCCUAAAUCACUGUGUCUUAUGUUUUUGUACUCUACAUGCACAUUUAUGUUGCCCAGAUUAUUUACAUUUAUGAAUUAGAUCUUAUUGUUCAACAGCUCCUUGAAGCAAACCAUUUGAAUCGUUACAAUGUUUCAAAGAGUAGUUGCAAUGUGCAAAAAAUAUAAACCUGAAUCUUCUUUGCGUUCAUCUUGAUGAGCAGUCAACUCAGCUCACUCAGUGGGAGUAAAACACUUAUUUUCUCCAGUGUUUGUAGCACCCUCUACCAACCGACAUACAGUACCAGUCAAAAGUUUGGACACACCUGCUCAUUCAAGGGGUUUGCUUUAUUUUUACUAUUUUCUACAUAUGUAGAAUAGUAGUGAAGAAAUCAAAACUAUGAAAUAACACAUAUGGAAUCAUGUAGUAACAAAAGAAAGUGUUAAAAAAAAAUCUAAAUAUAUUUUAUAUUUGAGAUUCUUCAAAGUAGCCAACCUUUGUCUUGAUGACAGCUUUGCACACUCUUGGCAUUCUCUCAACCAGCUUCAUGAGGUACUCACUUGGAAUGCAUUUCAAUUAACAGGUGUGCCUUGUUAAUUUGUGGAGUUUGAGACAAUCAGUUGUGUUGUGACAGGAUAAGGGUGGUAUACAGAAGAAACCCUAUUUGUUAAAAGACCAAGUCCAUAUUAUGGCAAGAACAGCUCAAAUAAGUAAAGAGAAAUUACAGUCCAUCAUUACUUUAAGACAUGCAGGUCAGUCAAUAAGGAACAUUUCAAGAACUUUUAAAGUUUCUUCAAGUGCAGUCGCAAAAACCAUCAAGCGCUAUGAUGAAACUGGCUCUCAUGAGGACCGCCACAGGAAUGGAAGACCCAGAGUUAUCUCUGCUGCAGAGGAUAAGUUCAUUCGAGUUACCAGCCUCAGAAAUUGCAGCCCAAAUAAAUGCUUCACAGAGUAACAAGUAACAGACACAUCUCAACAUCAACUGUUCAGAGGGGACUGCGUGAAUCAGGCCUUCAUGGUCGAAUUGUUGCAAAGAAACCAUUACUACAGGACACCAAUAAGAAGAAGAGACUUGCUUGGGCCAAGCUAUGGACAUUAGACCGGUGGAAAUCUGUCUUUUGGUCUGAGUCCAAAUUUGAGAUUUUUGGUUCCAACCACCGUGUCUUUUUGAGAUACAGAGUAGGUGAACGGAUGAUCUCCGUAUUUGUGUUACCCACUGUGAAGCAUGGAGGAGGAGUUGUGAUGGUGAUUUGCUGGUGACACUGUCAGUGAUUUAUUUAGAAUUCAAGGCACACUUAACCAGCAUGGCUACCAAAGCAUUCUGCAGCGAUACGCCAUCCCAUCUGGUUUGCGCUUAGUGGGACUAUCAUUUGUUUUCAACAGGACAAUGACCCAACACACCUCCAGGCUGUGUAAGGGCUAUUUGACCAAGAAGGAGAGUGAGGGAGUGUUGCAUCAGAUUUGCACAGUCAUCCAACCUCAACCCAAUUGAGAUGGUUUGGGAUGAGUUGGACAGCAGAGUGAAGGAAAAGCAGCCAACAAGUGCCCAGCAUAUGUAGGAACUCCUUCAAGACUGUUGGAAAAGCAUUCCAGGUGAAGCUGGUUGAGAGAAUGCCAAGAGUGUGCAAAGCUGUCAUCAAGGCAAAGGGUGGCUACUUUGAAGAAUCUCAAAUCUAAAAAUAUAUUUUGAUUUGUUUAACACUUUUAGUUACAUGAUUCUAUAUGUGUUAUUUCGUAGUUUUGAUGUCAUCACGAUUAUUCUAUAAUGUAUAAAAUAGGAAAAAUAAAGCAAAACCCUUGAAUGAGUAGGUGUGUCCAAACUUUUGACUGGUACUGUAUAUUUAUUUAAUAUCCUUGAAGACUAUCAAGUGAGAUUAGCAUGUUUACAUAAAAAUAGUAAUGGACAUUGCAAGUAUCUUGUCAGUUUGUUCAGCGUUGUGAUAUAUAGAAUGCCAUUUACAUUCAUUGGGUUGGUUAUGAUAUGCCUUUUCCUGAAUAGAACUGUCUACAAUGUUCAGUUUUUUUAUGAGUUCUAGUUAACUGUCUGGCUUUUGCCAUUGCUGUAGAUGAGACAUCACUCCCAGAUGUUUUAUGUGUGUGCAGUAAAUGUCAUCCUAUCUGCAAAUGCAUGAACCCCUUGUGUGUUAGCAUGGUCUCUUAUGGACGUCUAGGUUUACAUUUGGAUCGAGUUAUCCCAAAAUAGUUUCUCUUCUUGUCCUGUGUGGCUGCUUGCGUGGUCUGCUCACGCUUGCAACAAACUGAGCAAUGUCGACUUGGUCUAGCAGCAGGUGAAUUGUCAUUUUUUGAUUACGUGUCUACAGUCUACUUAUUUAUUCACCAGCUACAAAACCUGUGAAAAGAAAGCCUGACUUUUCCUGUCUAUGUCUGAACGUCUCUGAUCAUUUGGUUGUCAGUUUGUUGGAGUAUGAUAUUUCUGUGUCUGUUCGUGCCCCUCAACUUUCUGUAUUGGGGUGAUCCACCCCAGGUCGUGCUCUUCAAUGUGUCCUUUGUGCAGUUUGAUCUGUGAACCUUUCUCUCUGACUGACAUUUGUAUGGAAUAGUGACUGACUUGAAGAAGAUAUGUGAUAUUUACAUUCAUUCAAUACUGUAAUAAAUUAUUUGAAAGUUUUAUUUAAUUUUUUUAUGUAGGUAAAAACAAAGGAAAACUAUGGCAUGAGGUGUAAUGUGUUCAGAAAAAACAAAUGUAAUCAACUCAAGUUGACCUUAUUGAAUACAGUUUAUUUAUUUUCAACA